AUGUCCGGUGAAGACAGGAUCAGUGCGUUGCAUGACGAUUUGCUGUUGAAAAUAUUGUCCAAAAUCCCAACAAAAUAUGCGGUGACCACCAUGGUUUUGUCCAAACGAUGGAGUUUGGUCUGGACGAUGGUGCCUAAACUCGAGUACAAGGAUACGAGGAACGAAGGAGAGAAGAGCGUUUGGCCCUUAAUUGACAAGUCUUUGCAACUCCACAAAGCACAUGUACUAGAAAGCUUACAUAUCCAAGUUGAACGUCAGUUUCCCGACGAUGCAGAUGUAGUAAAGUGCGUCUCUUACGCUGUUGACCACAACGUUCGAGAGCUAGCUCUUAUUUUACCAUCUCAACCAAAGAGCCUUCUGCUACAAUCAAACGUUUUCAUCUCCAAAACGCUAGUGAAACUGACUCUAUCAUGCAGGACUCUCGUAGUGGAUGUUCCUUCCCUACCUUGUCUUCCUUCGCUUCAGACUCUGGUCCUUCGAAAUGUGGUGUAUAAAGAUGAAAACUCUCAUGUUAGGCUUCUAGCGAAUUGCCCUGCGCUCAGAUAUUUGGAAGUGGAACGAAACUUGAGUGACAAUGUGACAAGGUUCAUUGUGAAAGUUCCUUCUUUAAGGAGUCUUAUAUACUUGCAAUGUAAAAGAGCUUCUAGGUUCUUGGUUUUAGACUCCCCUGGAUUACGAAACAUUAUGUUAAGUGAUCCCCAUGAAGACUUUGACUCGAUCCAGAAUAUGCCUCACCUUUACUGCGCUGCUGUUCAUUGCUUUGUUUUUCACCCGAAUGAAGACAAGUUUCUGAGAUCUUUUUCCUCUGUCAGGAUUCUCUGUUUGAGUCUAACCCACGUUGAAUGUUGUAGCGCCAUUAAAUUCUCUAGGCUCAUGAAGUUUACGCUGCAUCUCUGUUGCUUUGCUGACUUUUGUCGGUUGGAACCACUUUUCCUUUUCCUUCAUAACUCUCCUAUACUAAAAGUUCUUGAGAUCAAAUAUGAUGUGCCUAAUUGGUCUAAUGGUGUCCCACUUUCGUGGAACAGACCAAGUUCUGUACCGGAAUGCUUGUUGUCCCAUCUCGAGAUCUUUGUUUGGAGAGAGUUUGGAGGAAGAAGACAAGAGAGAGCGUGUGUGGCAUACAUCCUUGCAAACUCAAAGUGUCUAAAGACGGCAAGAUUUUCUCCUUGUAACAAACUCUCCGAGAAAGAUAAAGACAAGAUGAUGGAGCUGUUAAAAUCUAUGUUUAGGGUUUCAACAUCAUCUCAGCUUAUGCGCUUACCAAACUAG